UAACUAAACAAUCAACAUGUCUGCUAAAUUCUUGGUUCUGUGCGCAUUGGUGGCGGUCGCUUCCGCCGGGCUGGUGCCCGUGGGCCAGGUGGCGUACGCGCAGCCCGAAGCGCCCGCCAACUACGAGUUCCAGUACUCCGUGCAGGACGGACACACCGGAGACGUGAAGCAGCAGCAGGAAGCGCGCGCCGGAGACGCCGUGCACGGCUCAUACUCUCUGGUGCAGCCCGAUGGCGUGCAGCGCAUCGUGGACUACACCGCCGACGCGGUGCACGGCUUCAACGCCAACGUGCGCUACGAAGGACACCCCGUCGCCGCCCCCGCUCCCGCUAGGCUCGCCUACGCCGCGCCUGCCGCCAGAGUGGCCUACUCCUCGCCCGUGUCCUACGCCGCGCCUGUCGCCAGAGUGGCCUACUCCUCUCCCGUGUCCUACGCCGCACCCGUCGCGAGAGUGGCCUACGCCGCUCCCGUCGCAAGAGUGGCCUACUCCUCGGCUCCAGCUCUCGGCCACGUCUCAUACUCCUCACCUGUCAUCUCCUACAGCCACUAGAAACUAUGUUAUUGUUACAAACCUAUUUAUUCUGUUAAAUACAAACGCUUAGUCAACUCAA